CUCUUUUCCCCUCUGCCUCCCUCCCUCCUUCCCUUACCCUCUGCUUCUCUCUCUCUUUCCGUUAUACUCUGCUUCUCUCUCUCUCUCUUUCCGUUAUACUCUGCCGGCCUCCCCCAGCCGUAACUCACCUCUCCUCCCUCACCCCCUCCCCCUCCCCCCGCGAUCGGCCUGUUGCCGGAAGCAGGCGCGGUGAGUCAGAGAGAGGAAGCGCCGAGCCCGGGCCGCCCCUCACAGGAUGCUCGGAGCUCGGACCGUCCCUGCCCAGAGACUGAGCCGCCGGCAUGGGAGAGGAGGGUGGCAGUCCGGGCCAGGCUGGUUGGGUCCGCAAGCAGUGCAGCCGUGGGCUCCUCGGGGGUGCCUGGAAGGAGCGCUACAUCCGACUAGACAAAGGCCGCCUCCUCAUCUACGAGCAGCAGGGUGAUGCUCAGUGCGAAGAGACAGUGGACCUUGGGAAGUACCAGUGCUGCCAGGAGCUACGAGGAUUACUAAAGAAGAGAAAACAGUUUAGACUGGUUCUUGUGCGUUGCUCUGGAGCGAAGGUUCCUGAACCAAAGUUUCAAGUUCCAAAUGCUGAAGAGAAGGAUCUGUGGCUGAAUGCCUUAAAUGAAGCAAUCAAAGAAGCCAACAAUGAACAGUUUGAUAAGGUUACAGUGGAUGAAAAAAAUUCUCUGGAUCACCUGACGCGCGACAGAGUAAAAAUAAACCACAGCCGAAGACCACCCACCAGACAGCACCGGAGAGAGGUUGCCUCGGCUGUGUCUGACGGAAUGCAGCGAUUGGAACUUGGCGUUCACAGUCUUACCACUGAAGGUACAAGUGAAGAGCAAUCAAAGGCAAAAGUUAGAGACAACAGCAACAAGAAUAUGCCUGUCCUCAUGCCGAAGAUCAAACCCAGUAAAGUAAAAGUGGAUGAUGGGUCAGAACUUGUGGUUAGUCACAGUGAGGAGCCAGUGGCAAAUGAAGGGGAUGAGCCUGCAGUCGAGAGAGAGGAGGAAGGGCCAACUCCUGAGGAGGGGAAGGAGCCUGCAGCGGAGGAGGGGGUGGAACUACCAACCAAGGAGGUGGAACCACCAACCAAGGAGGUGGAGGAGUCAGCAAUCAAGGAAGGAGAGGAGUCAGCGGCCAAGGAGUUCAAAGGAAAUGCUUUAUCACACACUGUAGAAACUGUUUCACAUAGGCUAGAAGAUGAGCCUAAUCUCCAAGUAAAUGUAUCCAGGAACGGUGAAGUGAAGAAGCUGUCCUGUGAAACAAACAGUAUUAGUUCACAUGCUAAAUCAAAUCUAUCCAGAGCCAAAUGUUCUUCCUUGGGAGAUAUCUUAGCGGAUUCCAAGCCAAAAGUAAUGAAAAAAGUAUUUAAAGCCCCUUAUGCAGGCCUAAAGAAAGAGAAAGUGGAACAAAUGGAAGGAGAAAUAGCACUGGAGCUAAAGGUAACAGAAGAACUUCUGCAACAAGUUUGUAGUCCAGGUGAUGACACAGAAGGAGUGCAUCGUCCUCAGAGCGAUAUUACACGUGACAGCCAGUCAAACCGGAAUGCUGCACGGUUACUAAGCGAAGCUGUGGCAAAGUGGUCGGAGGCUGACAAAGUCUUACAGGAACUUAAAGAUUUAAAGGAAUUGUGCACAAGAUCUGACACACUCACCCUGGAGGAGAAAGAAAGACGUAAGAAUCUGUUGACUGUCCAUAGAAGGAGUGUGCCGUAGGUUGAUUGUGUAAUAUACAAGAAUGUCAGCACAAACUUGGUGGGUAGACAAGAUGCAAUGCACCAAUCCUAAACCAGGUUUCGUAUGUGUUAAAUUUGUUUGUAGAAAUUGGGCAGGAAGUGGGAGGUUAUGGGCAAAUGAUUUUUUUGUAAAAGAAUCGUUUGUAUGGUGUGGAGCUGAGAUUCUGUGAUCGUGCACUGAUGAUCCCAAUAUGAUUAUGCUAAUCACCAGCUUGAUGGCUAUGGAGAUUCAAACAUUUUGCACAUGCUCAGUUUUUGCCUUUUAGCUAACAAGAGCUUCCACAGAUUUUUCUGCCCUUACUUUGCUUUGACCUUGUUGUUUCAACUCUCUGGCUUUCCUGCUGCAUUGCUCCUUCCUGAUUUUGAGCAAAUGCAGGGGACAUAGAAUUCCUACUGCAUGCAGCAUGUCCUUUCUUAAAUUGUCCAAUGGUAUGAUGAAGGUUGUUGCAAUAGUUUUCCUUCUGACAGUGUUGUCAGUGUAAUGGGAAGAACGUUGCUUGAACGUGAAUGUAGGAGAUUUGCUUGUGAUAGACACGGGCUACCACAUCUACUCCUGACCAGGGUUAGGCAAUUCAGUUCAAGGUUCUGUAAUCAUUGAAACAUGAAUGUAUGAUUGAUGAUUUGUAUUUUCCAGUCAGUAUUUGAAUUACCGCAAGUAUUAUUGUCUUUAGAUUAACUGCAUUGGUCAAACAAUAUUUGUAUUUCUGUGAAUUCCAAUUAUUUUUACUGCCAGUAUUAAUAUUUAUGCAAAAAACCCAAGAUGACUGUCUUAGUCUAUACCCAGUGAAAUGUUUUUUUAUAUUAUCCUAUCAAUUAACACUGGCUUAUUGCUUUAUUUAUACUUUAACCAUGUUUAUACUUUUCUGUAAUAAGGAAGUCAUGCCAUGAAACUUCAAAAUAAAAUGGCAUUCUGACA